CUCUAUUUGUAUCUGUGUAGUAUAAGCUAUGAAACCUAUUCUUAGAGUGCCCUAUGUGCAGGAAAUUGUGAAGGAGCCGUUGACCGGAGUUCCUGAGCGUUAUGUUCGUCCACAUCAUGAGCGUCCAAUAUUAUCUACCAUCAAUCCUUUACCUCAAGUUCCUGUGAUUGACCUAAGCAAAUUGUUGUCCCAAGAUCUCAAAGAAUCUGAGCUCAAGAAGCUACAUUAUGCAUGCAAAGAGUGGGGUUUCUUUCAGACAGGUGCUCUAGAAUUCUUCAAUCUUCCAAUCGAAGAAAAGAACAAGUUUGGUCAGAGAGAUGGAGAUUUGGAGGGAUAUGGUCAAGCGUUUGUGCUCUCUGAGGAACAGAAAUUAGAGUGGGCUGACAUGUUUUUUUUAAUCACUUUGCCACCUCACAGAAGGAAGCCCCACUUAUUCCCCCACAUCCCCUUACCAUUCAGAGAUCAUUUAGAGACCUAUGCUACCGAAUUGAAAAACCUUGCUAUCCAAAUGGUUGACUUGAUGGCAAAUGCCCUAAUGGUGGACACCAAGGAAUUUAGGGAGAUAUUUGGGGAAGGACAUCAAGCAAUGAGGAUGAAUUAUUAUCCACCAUGUCCUCAACCUGAGCUUGUGAUGGGACUUAAUCCUCAUUCGGAUGGUGGUGCCCUUACCAUCGUUCUUCAGGCCAAUGAAGUGGAAGGACUUCAAAUUAAAAAAGAUGAACAAUGGGUUCCUAUUAAACCCCUCCCCAAUGCUUUUAUCAUCAAUCUUGGGGACAUGUUGGAGGUGAUGACAAAUGGAAUUUAUCGAAGCAUCGAACACCGAGCAACAAUUAAUUCAGAAAAGGAGAGGGUUUCUAUAGCUACAUUUUACAACCCUAGUAUGGAAGCACUUUUGGGUCCAGCACCAAGCCUUGUUACUCCCGAAACACCAGCAAUAUUCAAAACGAUAGGUCUACUAGAAUACUUCAGGGGAUACCAUGCAAAAGAACUCAGUGGUAGAUCAUAUCUUGAAAGUCUGAGGUUCCAAAAUGAAGAUGAAAAAAACUCUUAAGGUUCAGAGUUGAUCAGAGCAGAACUUUAUAUGAGCAUGGUUCAAUAAAGCCUUUGUGUUUGACUUUGUUAUGGACUUCAGUUUUCCUUUUUUAUUUUCUAAUGUAUGUUUUGUGCACAAUAAAUUGUGUACAUUUUCAUCCACUGUGUAAGUCGACAAGGUUUUAUUCUAUUGCCUAUUCAUUAUGCCGACUUAUAAUUGGUGAGUAUAUGACAUUAUAUUAUAUUGUGUUUAUUAUUUUUUUAAUAGAAUACGCAUCAUCAUUGUCAAGUGUUUCUUGAAAAUGUAUUUGAAACUAUAUCGAUGAGUUGUUUCAUGUUGCCA